UGGUGUACAGUUUGUCCUUGCCUGACAACAUUUUCUAUAUUUCAGGUUGAUGAGAUGAAGUCAUUCACAUGCAUGGAUGCACAGUGAAUAAACAUAUUAUUAGCAAUGGACAUUCCUUUUAUUGAUCAUGAAGAAUCUGAUAUACCUAUCCAGCGGCCGGCGCCCGUGUUUCCCGCCCCGAUCCGCCUCCACAGCUGGUACUCGGAGACAGAGGACGAGGACGACAGCGGCGAGGUGUCGGUGACCGCCGCGCGGCCCCUGCCCGACGAGAUCAGCGUCAACAACCUCCUGGACGACGUGGCCAGCUGGUCGGCCGACGAGACGGACGUCGACGGGCCGCCGCCGCCGCUGCCGGAGACGGCGCCGCCAGAGGGGGAGCCGACCCGCGGCCAGACCCCGGACACCGCCGGCACCCCCGCCAGUCCCGAUCGGAGCAGUCAGGCUCCGGAUAGCGGUUACAGUGACGGUAGCAGCAGCGUGCCAACGCUGUCUCGACAACGGGCGGCACUCGCCGAUGGCUACCCGGGUAGCGUUGGACGUACAAACUGCUACCCUGGCAGCGGCGGUACAAAUUGCUACCCGGGUAGCGGGGGUACAACCGGCUACCCAGGCAGCGGAGGUGGAGGCACAAAUUGCUACCCAGGUAGCGUUGGACGCACAACCGGCUACCCAGGCAGCGGAGGUGGAGGCACAAAUUGCUACCCAGGUAGCGUUGGUCGCACAAUCGGCUACCCUGGCGGCGGUGGCGGCGGCGGCGGCGGCUCGGACGGCGGCGGAGAGCUGGCCGGCCUGCUGCGCGGAGUGCUCGACUCGGUCGGCCGGCCGCGACUCUCUGGCUCUGUCAGUGUCGCCAGCAGCAAGGAUGUCGUUAUCGGAAAUGUCAUCCACCUGCACACGGACGGCUUGAUGAGCUCGCCACCGGCACCCAGUCCCAGACAGCCUCCCGCGGUGGACGAGUCAACCCCUCUGCCGGAGUCCACGGCGCGUAUUGUGGCGUACCUGCGCUCUCGGUGGCUGGACACACUGACCCGACUGCAGCCGAUCCCGUGGUGUCCCGAGUUCAGACUGCCGCUCCAGGAGUACUACAUCGCUCUGUCGCUGCUGGUUAAUGACAUGCACGGCGACCGGCUGCGGCAGCCGGUGGAAAUGGACCAGCUGCUGGCGCCGCUCACGCCGGGGGAGACGGGUCUACCCGGCGCCCGGCCGCGCCGCAUCCUGGUCGAGGGUGAACCCGGCUUCGGCAAGAGCACGCUGAUGCUCAAACUGCUGCACGACUGGGCGUGCGACGACGCGCCGCAGUAUCUGCGCUACUUCCAUUUCGCCUUUCUGAUUCCGCUGUGGGAGUUCAACGGCUCUCUGUACAACUUCCUGCACCGGGAGCUGCUGCCGCGGCACAUUGUCGGCCGUGAGCGUAUGGAGCAGCUGUGGCAGUACCUGGUCGAGCACGAGGAGCGCGUGCUCUUCCUGCUGGACGGCCUGGACGAACUGCGCGACGAGCAGCGGCCGGCCGUCACCGAACUGCUCGCCGGAAAGAUGUUCCUCAACAGUACCGUGGUGGUUACAUCGCGACCCAGCCACGUGGCCGAGGCGCUGCCCUGGGUGCACCGGCGGCUGGUUAUACAGGGCUUCGAGCGGCCCAGCGUGGGCCGCUACGUGCGCCAAUACUUCAGCUGUGUGCGCCGGCCGGACGGGGUGGCCGGCCUGGAGGAGCAACUGCGCCGGCGGCCGGCGCUGGCCGAGCUGGCGCGCUGUCCGCUCCUCUGCCUGCUGCUCUGUGUCGUGUACGAGGAGUGUGACGCGGCGUUCCCGGCCAGCGAGGCGCUGCUCUACCGGUCGCUGUUCGAGUGUCUGAUCCGGCGCAGUCUGCUGCGGCGCGGCCAGCGCCUGGAGGAGGACGGCGCCCUGCCGGCCCGCUGUCUGCGCCUGCUGCGCCAGUUCGGCCGGCUGGCCGUCCAGCUGUGCCUGGAGGAGCGCGUGUGCUACAGCCUGCAGGAAAUCACCAACCACGUCUCCGACCGGGAGCUACUCGAGUGGGGAUUCCUGACGCGCGUAGUCAGCGUCUCAAAAGUGCAGAAGCGCGAGCUGUACCAACCGCUGCACCGGACCUUCACCGACUUUCUGGCGGCGUUCUUCCUGUCCUCGCUGCCGGACCAGCGCGCGCUGCGGCACGAGAUGGCACCUGUGCUAGUGCGUCUGGAAAGGCUGGACGGCCAGCCCAAAGCGUCACAUGGGGUGAUGGUGAUGCUGCGUUAUCUGGUGGCACUACUCAACGACGGCCAGCGGCGCGCCUACCAGGCGCUCGAGCUGCUGGCGCCGCUGUGUCUCGCGCCGCGCGCUCUUUUCACACUGCUCCGUGAGGCCGGCGACGAGCCGCUCGCCCAGAAGGCGGCUGCGCUCUGUCUGGCCGGCCAGCAGCACGUGAUGGUGCAGACGGACCAGGCGGCCGAGCUGCGCGGCUGGACGGCCGUGCUGCGCAACAGCGCGCACCAGGAGAGCCUGGAGGUGGUUUUCCGGCCGGGUGGCGUGGUGCCGGCGCUCGAGCCGCUGCUGCGCGCCGCCGCCUCCCGGCUGCGCGCCGUCAAACUCUGCACCCUGCUCGGUACGGACAUGACCAGUGAGGAACUGACAGCGAUGGGCCGGUACGUGGCACAGCUGCUCGAACCCGACGCCAAGGCGCGCUAUCGACUCAGCGAGCUGGAGAUCGUGCUGCAGAACCUGGACGACAGCGACUUCGGCCGGUUCCAGCCGCUCGUGUCGGCGCUGUGCGACGCGCUGCCGCAGGUGCCCCGCUCGGCUCGCCUGAAGCUGGUGCUCGAUCUGGACAUGUCGGCCGAGCAGAUGGCGCAGCUGUCGGCGGCGGUGCGGCGCGCGCCGGCCGUGGCUGUGCUGAGCAUCUCACACCUUGUCUCGUUCGACGGCUCGAUGCAGGCACUGGCCGAGCUGGUGCGCGCCGCGCCGCUCUCCGCGCUCACACUCUGCUCCGUGUGGCGACCCGACACGCACGCCACCAGUGCGCUCGACUUUUUCCGCUCGGAGCACGCGCUGCACGCGGCCGGCGGCAGCGCCACCAGUCUGAGCCGGCCGGACGCCAGUCUGCGGCGCAACUACAGCCUGGGCCGCGGCUCGGCCGGCGGCGCCGCCGGACUGCAGUUGGCGCACCGACUGCGGCUCGGCCGCGAGCCCAUCUGCGACCCGGCGGCGCACGGCGGCGGCUUCCACCGGCUAUUCUGCGCGCUGCGCACGCCCGGCUGUCUGCUGACCUCGCUGCGGCUGACGCGCUGCCGGCUCACCGGCUCCGACCUGGCCUGUCUGGGCGAGAGCCUGCGCGCCACCACGCACCUCACCAACCUGACGGUGCAGGACGUGUCGCAGGCCACCGACCUGGUGCCGCUGCUGUUCGCGCUGCAGGAGAACAGCCGGCUGCAGCUGCUCGACCUGGACUCCAGCACCAUGGUCAUCGAGGACGCCGAGUUCAUCCUGCUCUGCGAGUCGCUCGUCUGCUGCACCAGCCUGAUGCUGCUCGACCUCUCACAUUGGACCUUCAGACUGGAGUGGGAGCAGUCGCUGCUGGCGGCCGUGCAGCUGCUGCAGCAGACCGGGCUGAUGCAGCUCGAACUGGACGGCUGCUCGGUGUCGGUGACGCUGCCCGACGGCCGGCAGCCGACGGUGGCGCAGCUGGUGCGCCGCGUGCCGGCCGCCCGCUCCCGGCUCACCACGCUCGGUCUGCGCCGCGUCUCGGUGACCGUGAACGAGGGCCGGCCGCUGACGGGCGCCGAGCUGAUGCCGCUCGUGCAGCGCCUCUUCCCGCGCGUCUCUGAGCUCAACCUGGCGGUGAAGGUGGGCGGCGCGCCGCUCGGCGACGCCGCCCUGCUGCGCUUCUUCCAGCAGUGCGCCGAGAGCGGCCAGCUGCGCCAGCUGCGACUCAGCAGCUGGCAGCUGCAGGUGGCCGCGCCGCGCGCCACGCUCGAGUCCAAGCUGCGGCCGCUGCUGCGCCGGCUGACGCUAGGGCAGAUCUAUCUGAGCGGCGUGAAGGCGACGGACGCCACGGAGGCGCGCUGCGAGCACCUGCUGGCCGUCUCGGUGAUCGCCCACUCGCGGUGUCUGCGGCUGCUCAGUCUGGGCGGCAUGACGUCCCUGCAGCCGAGCCAGGCCACCGCCAUCGGACAGGGCAUCCGGGACCGGUUCGCCGGCGAGCAGCUGAUGCUCUACACCAGCGGCUGGCCGUACGCGGCGCUGCGCGCUCUUCGCUCCGUCGUGGAGGAGAGUGACCGGCUGAUGGCCUCCUAUGCCGGCGGACUGACCGGGCUUUACGUCAUCACACGCACAGACAAGCCAGGGAAGGGCGCUUAGCGCCCGUGAUGAGACGUCUGGACGAAGUGAAUCAGUCCCCGUGAGCCGGCCGUGCAGCCUGGGCGGCUGGGUUUUAGAUUGGGUAGGUGGCGCCUACGCUCCAGAUCCGGUGAGUACCCCUCGUGCGCUCGCCGCCUGAAGCGGGGUACAUUGUUACAUCGGGACUCACGGUGCGCUGCUGUGUAUGAUGGCUUUAAUGGUCGCCGAUCUUCCAGUUUUGGACCAGCUGGUUGUCUCAUUUCCAUUGUCGCACCUAACUGCUUGUCUCUUUCCCCGUGCGGCUGGCCUCAUUCCUGACUCGCGAUAGUGCUCAUUGGCUAGUAACCGUUUUCUUCUACGGUUUCAUUCAUCUCAUUACCGCUGCAAGAUCUGAUAAAGUACAGUUACUGCAUAAAGCAGUCGUCAGCUUUCCUGCAACUAAUAGCCGGACCAUUCCGAUUCAAUAUUGCCAUUGUGGUUCGUCUAAAUGUUCGGAACGAAUAGCAGUUAUCUAUGUCUAUAUUAUUUAUUACAAAUAUUUUCCAUUUAUUUUGCGCCGAACAAAUUUAUAUUUAAUUGUAAUGCUGCUAUUGUUUGUUAGAGUCACGCCUUUAGCUUGAGAAUGGUAAUGGAUCAUUGUAGAAGCAUCUGUGCCCGUCAGUGCGCUUUCAGACAAAACAUUGUCUUAUUACAUUUCAAGUCCCUACCGAAAUAUCAUCGUAAGAAAACUACGAAGGCAGUUCCAAUGCGGAAACUAAGAUUCAAUAGUUUCAGUUCCUUAGCUAAUCCUGCUCUCUGCAAACAAUCAUGACAUUGCCAAGUUUGAGAUAGAUUGAUUCGAAGACUGAAUACUUGGCUCGAUUAUCAUGAACUCCGCCGACUUUUAUUUUAAUGACAUGGAAAUGCCCUGCUAUUUCUCCAUACGGUAUGCUAAGUUCGUUUCAGAACACAAUAUCGUAUGGAGUGAUUUCAUGUUUGUUAGCGCUAUUGUUAUUGCGAUGCUCAGGUGAACGAGGCUCUAGUUGUUGCUUUAUCGCGUCUUAUUCGGGUGUAAUGAAGUAAUUGACCCUCUAGACAAGUGUACUUAUAAUUGUGGUUGUUAUUGACAAGUGCGCACACUCAUUGCUCACUCGCUACUUACGAAGCUUACCCGAUAAACGCCUUGCCGCUAAGUAUUGUCCGAGGCGUUGUGCGGAGAUUUUCGAUAGCUGUUGGGCGCCGUUGCCGCCCUGUUGGAAAUGGUCGUGCCGUCGAGCUGUGCCCGCGCUGUGCGCUCCGUAGUUCGCUAGACGUGCUCUGACGACUGACCGGCUGUGCCGUCGGGUUUUGUCGGUACGGCCGGCGCCAUCGUGCAGUAGUUUAGGCUUGGCAUGCGACUUGUGCUGUUACCAGCCGCUUUGGGGGCCGGCUGGGCCAGCUCUGCCUCUCCCGUCUGCACUGUCCUACGGAGGACGAUGGAGAGAGGAUGUCGAGUUUUGUGCGGCACAGGCUGUCUUGCAGAGCCGCCGGGCCGUCCUUGCCUUCCCAACUGUGGUUUGUGGGUGAUUGAGAAGGGAAACUUGGGAGACGCCUGCAUUUUUGCAAUGUCUAUUUCAGCGUCAGAAAGUAGUUUACUUACUAGACGCUAGGCAUGGACUUUGUAGUUGAAAGACUAUUUAUGUGCCAUUUUAUGGCCAGGUACAACAGAAGAAGAUUGCUAACUUCGCUAGUGCAUAUGACUAAAGCCAUCGGCAUCGGUUUAUACUCGUAUGUGUGGAUGUUUAUCGUUCCAUGUGAUGAGCAUUGUGAAAACGUGCUUGUGUCAACUUUUUGACGUACAGGGUGUCCCGAAAUUGACGUCCUCUCCCAUUGCGUGCAAUAACACCAAAACAAAAAAUGAUCGGUUCAUGAUUUAUUUGUUGAUGUAUCCACCACGCUUCCGCACACAUGCCCGCAUGCGCUCCGGCAUGCCACACAUCAGGUUGUCGAGAGUUUCUCCAGAGAUGCUGCUCUAGGCCGAUCGGAGGUUCCUGAUGAGGGCAGUCUCGGACGACGCUGGUGCCAUCUUGUCCAUCCUGUCCUGGACGAUUGCCCACAGUUUCUCGAUUGGCGACAGGUCCGGGCUGUUACCUGGCCAUUCUCCUUUGGCCCAGAAGCCAGGGAAGUUGGCCCGGCACCACUCCUGGGUCUUGGUGGCGUUGUGAGCCGGGGCACCGUCCUGUUGGAAAAUGGCCUGUGACAUGUCCGGCAGAAGUUUGAUGGCCGUUGGUGGUCCGUUCUCCUUCCUUCGUCUCAUCGCUGAUGCCGCCGUUCCCUUCAUCACCUCCUCCACGUAGUAGUCCGCUGUCACGGUUUGGCCGCGGGGCACGAUGCGAAGGUCUGAAAGGCCACGGAAACUCAUCAUGCCCCACACCAGGACCUUGCCCGGCUGCUUGACGGUCUCGAUGACAGGCACUUCUGAGCUGUUCUGAGCCCAAACACGGUCGUUCUGGCGGUUGAGAGGAUGGAACAUCUCAAAAGGAGACUCGUCCUGAACAGGACCCGCCUCCAGUCCUGCAUGGACCAGUUGAUCCGACUUUUAGCGAAGUCCAGCCGUUUUCGUCGCUGUGCUGCCGUCAGCUUGGGCUCCACGCGCGGUUUCAGCGGCUUCAGACGGAGGCACUGCCGCAGAUACCGGUGGACAGCGGACUUGGAGGCCGGAUGAUUUUUUGCACUGAGUUUUCGCGCCAGUUUCCGUGUCGACUGGCGCCGUUUCGUAACGGAUUUCGCCACCACGAUUUUGGCCACCCGGCUCAUCGCUGUCUUCCUCCCUCUUCCCCGCGGUUCUCCAGAGUCUCUCCCUUGCGGUCGAGGGCCAUCCAGCGUCUGAGGGUCCUGGGCUCUAUCCUUAGCUCAUUGGCUACCUAUACCUGGGGCGUGCCGCCGUUGACCAUGCCGACAGCGCGGUAGCGAGUCGACAAAGGUUACUCCUUCGCCAUGGCUGAUAUGCAGUCCGCGCGCCUCGCGACCCUCUUGGUAAAUGACCUCUGCCGCCCCGCCGGGUCCUGGGUCGGCUCGCCUGGCUAGGUCACGUGACCAUCAAACACGUGACCGUGCCCCAGGGUCGGGUCCCGGUAAAGCGCCAUUGGUAUACCGGUAUUGCUCUAGGGAAACGUAACGAACGGGAGAGGACAUCAAUUUCGGGACACCCUGUAGUUUGGCGGUAACUCACGCCAAGACUUCAACUGACUUGUGCCUUCCUAUGGCGGCCAAAAUCGUUUCGUCAGUAUUUACGUACAACCAAAAUGUGCCUGACUUUUAACUAGAACAACUUCCAGACAUUGCGUCUCUUUGACGGCCCGCUGUGAUAAAAUGUGCCAAUGUCGCCCACCUGUGUAUUGUUUGCCUGGCCUUUUGAAGCGUUUUAACGACUCGACAUGCAGUGAUGCUGUGUAAUGAAAGGUCACAUGCGUGUCUGAUCCACCGUUAGACGUCGCUUAGUUUUGAUUUUUGCACUUCGUUACUUGUUGUCGUUAAGUUAAUAUUCCGAAUAAUGCUUCAAAUAAUUGUGACGAGUUUCGCUUUGUGAACUGAAAUGACGCGAUAAUAUACCACGAAAUGUGAAAUCAU